GCAACUUUUCCACAUUCGAAACACAAAAUGGACCCAAACCUGUUCGAUGCAUCCUUAACAGGAAAUGUACAACUCCUUAAUGCAUUGCUCCACGAAGACGAGCUAGUUCUUGACAGGAUUUCACUCAGCUGCUUCAACGAAACACCAUUGCACAUUGCAGCCUUGAGAGGCCACCUCGAUUUCGUGAAGAUUCUUGUGUGUAAAAAGCCGAUACUCGCUAUGUCUCUUGAUUCGCAAAGAAGAACGGCUCUCCAUUUGGCAUCUGCCGAGGGCCACGUGGAGAUUGUACGUGAACUCUUGAACGUGAUGAGUCCUGAUGGAUGGUGUUUCCACGACCAAGAAGGAAGAACAGCGCUGCACUUGGCUGCCAUGAAUGAACAAUUAGAGAUAUUAAAAGCUCUGAUUCAGAAAGAACCUGAUCUUGGUAAAGACCUACAGGGAAACGGGGAGACCAUUUGGCAUACCUGCAUCACUUGGAAUCGCUUUGAGGCCAUGAAAUUGCUGUCUGAACUAUGGAAUGAAGAAGAGCUGGCCAAACUCACAGGUCGCAACGACAACACCCUCCUUCACCUAGCUGUCGUUCAUAAACAGAUCCAGACUGUUAGUUAUCUGCUUCAGAAACCAAGUGUUAGAGCAGCUGGAAACAUUGUUAAUGGACAUGGGUUCACAGCACUUGAUAUUCUUGAUCAUUGUCCACAGGAUCUCAGUGCACUACAAAUUCGUAGUUUGCUUAUCGAAGCCAACUUUCUGAGAGCUAAAGACGUUAGUCAUUCCUUUAGACCAUUUCAAAGGUCAAUGGAAUCCAAAUCCUCAGAAACAGCUGCCAAUGCGGAGAGCAAGCCCAAAGGAUGCAUGUCAAGAGUAUGGAACUGGUAUCUAAAUCACAAUGGAGAUUGGUUGGAGAAACAACGUGGGAUUUUGAUUCUGACAGCAAUAUUAGUGGCAGGAACAUCAUUCUAUUCCGGGCUACACCCUCCAGGAGGAACGUUUACGGGUUCUAAAGAUGGACCUCUGGGAAACGCAGUUCAAACAGAAGUAGUAAUGGGUAAUUUCACCACAUUCGUGAUACAAAAUACCAUAAUCAUGGUUAUUUCAAUGAUGAUUGCUCUGGUGUUGCUGAGUGGAAUCUCUCUAAGGAACAAGUUCACUUUAUGGGUGCUCAACGUCGCGACUGUUUGCAUCCUGUUUUUUACGACCCUUACUUAUUUACAAGAGAUAGCCUGGAUGUCCCCUGAUACAUGGGUGAAUGCUCCAACACUUUACAUGUGCUUUGUAUGGAUACUGCUAUUCUUGUUUGUUGCCUUCAUCCACACAAUAUUCUUCAUAAUAUGGGUGAUAAAGAAGCUCUUGAACGCUAGAACAAAGAAAAGGAAAAAUGACUAUGUUGUCGUAUAAUAAUCUACAGUCCGUCUGUGUAUACG